UUAUACUGCGGUAACAAGCUCUCCCCUCAUUCCAUCAUCUCCCGGUCUCGCCCACAAGCUCCAUGGUCGAAUAAAGGGACGCCAUCCUGUUGGACCGCUUUGUCUCGGCUUUACCCCAAGCUAUCUGCCACUGCCGGCGUCGUGGUGGGGUAGCUGGCUGGUGAUUGGCCAAUGGAAAGCUUUGCAUGGCGUUGAUAGCGACGGAUGGUGGCUUAUCAGAGCCGAAGUCAACAACAUCCGAGAGCUUGACGACGGUUGAGAUGAACCGAUCACGGGAUCAACCUGAUCAUUUGGUGGCUUCAACUUUGCUGAUGACGAACCGGCGGUGGGACUUUUCAUCAGGAAGGCUCUCAACAGCGGCCUUGGCGGCUGUGCUUGUCCAUUGGAUAGACCAAUGGACAAAUGGAUUCUUUAGCAACAGUCACGGAAGCAUUGACAUGGGCAACACAUGGCUGGAAAAGAAACUGACACGGACAGAUGCUGAAGUAAACAAUGUUUCUUUUCUAUUACGAGCUAGGUCUAAAAGAUAUCUCUUACGAUCGGCUAAUUCCCUGUACACUGCAAGCUGUUAGCAUCAUUGAAUCCAACUAGCAACAGCUCAAAAAAAGGGCGAAGAGAUAAUGUCAGAAGGAACAAUUGUUACAGCGUAGCUGUAUCAAUACCUCACAGCCGAAUGGCAUAGGAAUCCCUUUUAUCAUCAUGUGAGGGCGAAGACGCAGAAAAGAGAAAAGACUGACCUUUUAGUAGAAACAUGUCGCUGAAUGCUGCUGGUCAGUGAGAAACAACGCCGGAAACCACGCAAGACACAAUCAUCGCCCGCGCUAUGGAUUACGUAUGUACUCAUUAUGCUCCUGCUGACUGGGUAUCGAGAUGACUUCGCUGGAAGUCGGAACCAUAAGGGUUGGCAUACUUACUGGCGUACCAAGUAAAUAAAAGGAAAAAAAGCAAAACGCCGUGGAUAUUAUAACCGAACACAACUUUUGUGAUGCCCCCAGAAUGAACCCUUGAACCCCAGAACCCUCAUAGGAAACCGCGCGCGCAAGCAAUGGCCGAAGCCAGCAGAGCCCACAAAAACCCACGAGCCGACAGAGUGCCAGGGAAACCCAUCUGUGAUCAAGCUGAUUGCCAAGGUCUGGCAGAACCAGCUAGCAUCGCGGCAGCCGAUGCAAGAAGCUGUCAAAGAGCAAACCAGCCAGUGUUCAACGAUCAAAGCCCUCAGGUACAGUCGCAAUCUCAAGCCCACGACUCCAAAGGAUUGGAGUUUAAGUUCUCAAAAGCCGACAACCAACAAGCCCUCGAGUAUGUCUUAGGUAGAGCCCUCGAACCGAUCCCACUUUGUGUGCGGCGCAUCGCUUUCUACCUCAACCCUCUUGUGUCCCAUUCCCAGGACAGCAUGUUCACAUUCCCUCCCCAACCUCUGUUCAGAAGACGAUCUUCUUGCCACGGGCCCCAUGGCCUCCACGUUUGGUUUCAUCACCAUCGGUCUUCUUCGUCUAGAAGGUGACCUUCUUGCCCUGGAAGCCGCUGCCACCACCGCGACCGCCACCGAAGCCGCCGCGGCCACCACCACGACCACCACCACGUCCACCACCGAAGCUGCCACGGCCGCCGCCACGACCGCCACCACGGCCGCCGAAACCGCCACGACCACCACCGCGACCACCACCGCCGCCACCGUUGUUGUCACGGGGCUUGGCGAAGUCAAGACGAACUGGUCUGCCGUCGAUGUCAGCGCCGUUGAGCUGCUCGAAAGCGUUCUUGGCAUCAUCGAUGGAGUAGAAAGAGACAUAGGCGAAGCCCUUGGGACGGCCACUCUCCCUGUAGAUGUUGUCAGCAUGCAUGAACACAGAGAGAAAGGAGUGAGGCAGGUAGCAACUUACAUGUCAGUGGGGAUGCGGAGGCUCUGAACCUUGGCGACCUCGUUGAAGAAGGCAGAGACGCCAUCCUCAUCGGCGCUGAAGGGGAGGUUGCCGACGAAAAGGGUGUCGCUGGGGGGGCUGACGACAUCACCAUGCUUGCUGGCACGGGCGGCAGCGCGGUCCUGGGGAGCGGCAGCGGGCUUGGCAGCAAAGUCAAGACGCAUCUCACGGCCCUGUAGAUCGCCGCCGUUCUUGGCGUUAAAAGCCUUCUCGGCAUUCUCGUGGGUGUCGAAGUCGAUGUAGCCGAAGCCACGGGACCGGCCGCUCUCCUUGUCGGAGACGACACGGGCACCGGUGAGACCCUCGAAGUCCUUGAACUCCUCGUAGAGGAUGUUGUCAUCAAUGCCCCAGCCGAGGUUGCCGCACCAGAGGGUGGCGCUCUUCUCCUCGCUGUCCUCAACAGCCUUGUUCUUCUUGGCCUCGGGCUCCUCAGCCUCCUCCUCAGCCUUUCUCUUCUUGGAGGGCUCAGCCUUCUCCUCGGUAGACUCGGAAGAAGCCUCCUCGGAAGACUCCUCCUCCUCCUCAGAAGAGUCAGAGUCAGAGCCGGAGUCGUCGGAAUCCUCCUCAGACUGUCAAGAAUCGGUUAGCAUGAUGCAUGGACAGCCAUGAUGGUCAGGUAGUGGUGACUUACAGAGUCAGAGCCGGACUCGGCCUUCUUCUCAGCCUUGGCGGCCUUGCCGUUCACGGAAGCCUUGGGCUUUUCCUCCUCCUCGGACUCGGAGUCGGAAGAGUCAGAGUCGGAAGAGUCGGAGCUCUCCUUGGCGGCGGCGGCCUUAGCCUUGCCGUUGGUGACGGGAGCAUCGACCAUCUCCUCAUCAGAGUCGGACUCCUCCUCGGAGCUGGAGGAGCUGGCCUCAGACUCGGAGUCGGACUCAGACUCGCUGGACUCAGACUCGGACUCGACCUUCUUCUUGGACUUCUUGUCGGUGGCCUUCUCCUUGGACCCGACGGCCUUCUUAGCGACCUCCUUGGCGGACUUGACGGCCUUCUCGACCUUCUUGACGACGGGAGAGGCGGCGGGCUUAGCAGCGGCCUUGGUGGCCUUGCUGCCCUUGGCUUCCUUGGUCUUGCCCAUUGUGAAUGUGAUAGAGAUUGAAGUGGAAAAGGCUGAAAGAUGCUUUUCCUGAGAUGGGCGAAGGUGAGAGGAUGCAGAUAGAAAAAGUUUGGUGGGAGGUUGGGGGAAGGAGGGAAGAAAUUUAUAAGAGGGCAGUCGCAAAAGCUUGCGCUCGCGAGGCUCGAUAAGCAGAAAAAACUCUUAUCUUGCACUUUUUAGCGGGGCAAUGCGGGCGGUGAAGCACGCUAGUUGGCUGCAAUGGGUUUUGUGCACGGAAUUGGCCUUGGCAGUGUUGCGUCCAAUUUACCGCCUGUAAAAUCAGGCAGAAUAUGGCAGAGCGCACAGCAAGCUUGGGAGCUCGGACCACCUGCGGUAGGUGGGCAGCUGGCAAUGGCGUUGUGAGUUCGGCAUCCCGCUCUCGAAGUGAAGCAUCUCCGUCGCUGGACUGCUGCACCGAACCCUGCUGUCCACCCGCCGCAACAAACCGAUAGUCAGGCCCCGAAUAUCACCAAUUCGCAGGCCUUUCCUCCAGCAUCAUGCCUACCCCCGAGUCCGAGGCCUUCCUGGCCAAGAAGCCCAAGGUCCCCGCCUCCUUCGAUGGCGUCGAUUUCGAGGACACCAAGCGCCUCAAGGCCGCUCAAGAUGCCAUUAUACGGGAGCAAUGGGUUCAGGUCAUGAUGGGUCGGCUAGUGCGGGAGGAGCUGAGCAAAUGUUACUACCGGGAGGGUGUCAACCACUUGGAGAAGUGCGGUCGUCUCAGAGAGCGGUAUCUCGAGCUUCUCAAGGACUCCCGGGCCAAGGGUUACCUCUUUGAGCAGCAAAACAUUAUUCCCAAGGAAUGAGGGGUUACGGACCGAUAUGGGUUUUGAGGACAGUGAAUGUGAGCUUUGGGGAGUGAAUAAACGGCAUUAUAAAGUGGACGGCCGGGUAGCUGUGGUGGUGGAUGGGUGGACUCGGCAGGAACAAGCAGCCAUGACGGCAGAGCAAGCAUGGCGGCUGUUUACCUUGGCCAUUGAGUCGCUGCGCCGGGGACUCGAUAUUGUAAAUACAGACAAUGGGGACCUGUUAAAACCACCGUGAAUAUGUU